GCCACUACGACUUUCUACGAGCGAGCGUCGUCCUCGUCCCAUCCCUUCCUCUUGUCGUCGCCGCGCGCCGCAGCCGCAGCCGCAGCCGCAUCUGCAUCUGCAUCUCGUCCUCCUUCCCGGAACCUUCCCCGACCUUCCGCCGCGCGCCGGAGCUCUCCUCAUCCUCGCCGUGCUUGAUUUGCUUGGACGCCAAGCUCAAACCACUCCCCCAUCUCAUUAUUAUAGCCCAGCUCAUCUCCCAUCCAGUCCCCCUCCACAGAACAUCACUAGUACUGUUGCUAUUGCUGGCUAACCGUCAUCGCGCCUCCGUCCAUAUACGCCAGACACCUGGGCCUGGGCCAUGGCCGCCACGCCGGACGAGUUCCUGCGGGCGGGGGACGCGGAGCCCUUCUCCCCGUCGCUCUUCCUCGACCUGCCGCCAACGCCGUCGCCCCCGCGCGCCCCCGCCUCAGACGACCUCGACUUCAUCUCGCGCAUGCUCAUGGAAGAGGACAUCGACGACAAGUUCUUCUACCAAUACCCCGACCACCCCGCCAUCCUCUCCGCGCAGCACCACUUCGCCCAGAUAAUCUCCGACUCCAACACCGACGACUCCGCCAACACCGCCGUCGCCAGCUCCACCUUCUCCUCCGACUCUGCCACCGCCAGAUCGGCCUCCUCCUGCUCCGACUCUGCCACAAACACCGGCAAAUCGACCUCCUCCUCCCACUCCGCCACCAACACCGCCCACUCCACCUCCUGUUCCUCCUCACCCGGCGCCUUGGGCCCCGCCAAUCCCACCUGGCCUUACGAGCGAAUCGAUCUCUCCCAGCCCCUCCACUCCCCCCCAUACAUCGGCCUGGGCUUCCCCGUCGACGGUGCCAACAACCUCCUCUUUUCCGGCGUCGGCACGCCCACCUCGGGAUAUUUCGGGCACACUCCGGCGCUCUCCAGGGGCAACAACGACCAUUUCGUCGCCCCCGCUGGCCAGAACGGCCGCAGCACGGGCAUUCAGAGCUUUGCGACCUUCGCGAAUAGUAGCGCCGCCAAGGACGCCAAGACCUUGUCGAACAAUGGCACGGAGAAGGCGGCCAAGCCGGCUACUCAGCCGGCUUGCCGAGGUGGCCCAGGCACCCCGGCUUCGGCCUUCUUCAAUGGCCAGACUGACGGUGACGUGGACAUGCUCAACAUGGCGUUUCGCAAGGGCAUGGAGGAGGCCAACAAGUUCUUGCCCACCAACAACACCCUCGACGCCAUUUCCAACAGGCCGGUACCGCGCGACUUCACCGGUGACCAAUUGAAGAAGGAGGAGGUGGAUAGACUCAGAAUGUUGAUGUUCAGUAAUGGCCGGGGGCGCAAGAACAGGCAUGGCGUGGAAGACUUGGAGGCGGAGGCUGGCAGGAGAUGCAAGCUGAUGAUGCCGGAACAGGAGGAAACUGGGGUAGGCGAGAUGGUCGAGGAAAUAAUGCUUCACGGCCACGACAUCAUCAUGAAGGGGAUAGAGGAUCUGCACAUAGCAAUGGGCACCGAGGCCGAGAAGAACCACAGGAAGGGCACCGGCAAGGCAGCGCGGGGGAGGCGGGGUGCAAGCGAGGUCGACCUCCGCACCAUGCUCAUCCACUGUGCGCAGGCGGUGGCCACGGGCGAUCACCGGGGAUCGAACGAGCUACUCAGGCAGAUUAAGCAACACUCAUCGCCUAAGGGGGAUGCCACACAGAGGCUGGCGUAUUGUUUCGCCGAGGGACUGGAAGCGCGCCUUGCAGGCACGGGCAGCCAUGUGUAUCGGUCGCUUGUGGCGAAGAGCACCUCGGUCGGAGAGUUCCUCAGGGCCUACAAGCUCUACAUGGCAGCCAGCAGUUUCAAGAAGGUGAAUUUUAUUUUUGUUGGCAAGAUCAUCAUGGAUGCCAUGGUCGGGAAGAGCCGCUUGCACAUCGUGGAUUACAAUGUGGAAUAUGGAUUCCAGUGGCCAGGUUUGCUACAGAUGCUAGCGGAAAGGGAAGGCGGGCCACCGGAGGUGAGGAUCACUGGCAUUGACGUCCCUCAGCCUGGGUUCCGCCCAGCCUUCCAGAUUGAGGAGACAGGCCGUCGGCUCAGCAAAUGUGCCCAAGAGUUUGGCGUGCCAUUCAAGUACCAUGGUAUACCCGCAAAGUUGGAGACAGUCCAUGCGGAGGACCUAAAAAUCGACCCAUAUGAGGUGCUCAUCGUCACCAGCCAGUAUGGUUUCAGCAACUUGAUGGAUGAAAGUGUUAUCAUGGACAGGCAGGACAUCCCGAGCCCUAGAGACAUGGUCCUUACCAACAUUCGCAAGAUGCGGCCUGAUGUGUUCAUUGACUGCGUUGUGAAUGGAACCUAUAGCGCGCCUUUCUUCGUGACACGAUUCCGGGAGGCGCUCUUCACCUAUUCGGCGCAAUUCGACAUGCUGGAUGCGACCAUCCCCCGUGACAAUGAUGACCGGCUGCUCAUCGAGCGGGAUAUCUUCGGCCCGUGUGCCCUGAAUGUCAUUGCCUGCGAGGGUGCAGAUCGGGUGGAUCGGCCCGAGACUUAUAAGCAAUGGCAGGUGCGGGGCCACCGGGCUGGGCUGAGGCAGGUGCCAUUGAGUCCGGCUGUUGUUAAGCUUGUGAAGGAUAAGGUUAAGAGCCUCUACCACAAGGACUUUCUCAUCGACGUGGAUAACCGUUGGUUGCUGCAGGGGUGGAAAGGGCGGGUACUCUAUGCCAUGUCGACAUGGGUAGCUGGUGACCAUGAUAACUCCAAAUUUUAGCUGCUUUUCUUCACUUCAUUUCAGAGUGCAGAUAAAGAAGGUAAUGGUGUUUAACACAUGCCCAUGCUAUUAUGAAACCAACAGAAAUCUUGCCCCGGCAGUUUUGUUUCAUUACAGGAUGGCUUGGACAGGGGGCGAAACUUUUAUGGUAGAAAUAAGUAGGGACGCAGAGUAGUGUCUUGUAAUGUUUAGAUGCUUAGAGAUGCACAGGAUUUUGGUGUAGUUGCAGACAUGCUGCGUAGCUGCGAUAAUGCACAACGAAAUGAGAACCCUGAUCUUCCUUUCCUAGUGUAUGGAUGUAUGCUCUUUCUCUUGUAGGUGACUAGCAAUUUAACAGAUCACAGCAGUUUGAUUUUA